AUGUCACCAUCAUUCGGCAGCACGGCUUCCAACAGCACAUCGACAUCUCCUCCAGAGAGCCCAAACAUCCGCACCCCGCCAGAGCUCACCCCGCCAACGACCGCUUCGAUGGCCCGGACAGGCGACGUUGACCAGGGGUCGUCUCUGGGCGAGCCGAAGAACCUGGGCGCAUCAGACUUUGACCUCAACCACCACCACCACCACGACAGUGCGCAGUCGCUGCCCGAGCCCGGGCACUUUACUGCGCGGUCCCCCGUAGUCCCAGCUACGCCUGGCAACCCCUUUGCUUCAUCGUCACAGCCCGUUGCAACAGCCCACUCGCGCGAGCGACAAGGCGGCCACCACCCUCGACCCACGAUCAACACUGGUUUCAUUGAGGGUGCACCGUUAUCGUCCUCCCCCAUGUCAGCAUACACGCCAGCAGAUGGAAAGAAGGAGCCCCCAGAGCUCGGCUCCCCGUACUCGGGCCAGGGACAACAGUACCCCCUGUCCCGCACGAACGGUGCUCCUCCAUAUCCGUCAGGUCCAUCCAUGGAGCCGGCACCCACCCGCUUCUACGACUCGGUGCCGUACUGGCUCGGCAUGUACUUUUUCUUCAACCUCGGCCUGACCCUCUUCAACAAGGUCGUGCUCGUCUCCUUCCCAUUCCCCUACACCCUCACCGGUUUGCAUGCCCUUUCUGGUUGUGCCGGUACAUACAUUGCCUUGGAACGAGGCGCCUUUACGCCUGCUCGUCUGUCGCAGAAGGAGAACCUUAUCCUUGGAGCGUUCUCGGUCCUCUACACCAUCAACAUCGCGGUCAGCAACAUUUCACUUCAAUUGGUGACUGUGCCUUUCCACCAAGUUGUUCGUGCCGCGACACCGCUGUUCACCAUCUUCAUCACUGCCGUUCUCCUCCGCCAGAGGUUUAGCGCAAGGAAGCUCGUCAGCCUCCUCCCCGUGGUUGCCGGUGUCGGUUUCGCCACCUAUGGCGACUACUACUUUACCACUUGGGGUCUUGUCCUCACGUUGCUGGGCACAUUCCUUGCCGCGCUCAAGACUGUGGUUACCAACGUUAUCCAGACCGGCGGUGGCGGCAGGCUCAAGCUCCACCCUCUCGACCUGCUCAUGCGCAUGUCUCCGCUCGCGUUUGUCCAGUGUGUAUUCUACAGCUGGUACACUGGCGAGCUCGAGCGCGUGAGGCGAUACGGUGCCACGCAGAUGACGCGCUCCAAGGCCAUCGCACUCCUCGUCAACGGCGUGAUUGCGUGCGGACUCAACAUUGUCUCGUUCACCGCCAACAAAAAGGCCGGCGCGUUGACCAUGACCGUGUCUGCAAACUGCAAGCAGGUCCUGACCAUUGCCCUCGCCGUCGUCCUCUUCAACCUCAACAUUACCUUUACAAACGGCAUUGGCAUCUUCCUCACCCUCUGCGGCGGCGGCUGGUACGCCUAUGUCGAGUUUUCGGAGAAGAACAAGCGCACAGCUCUCGCAGCAAGUGCCAACAACAAGGCCCCCUCCCGGGUGUAG